AAACGAGAGCGAGCCUCGCGCACAUGAAACCCCUCCGUUUUCUCGGCCUCGCACGGGGAAACGACCCGUACGCGCGCCACGCCGUGUCUGCUGCUCGUCUCCUAUAAAACAACCCGUUGUCACGCUCGCCUUGCCAUUACAACGUCGCUAGCUUCUUCCGCUCGUUUAGAAAACGCCACCACCACCAAAGUCAGGCACCCCCGCCGAGAGAGUUAGCUAGCUGCGCGCAUGCAGGCGAGGCGGCACAGAGGAUUCCGGCUAGGCCGGAAGCUGCUCGGGCUCUGGCGAUGGGCGCUCUGCCACCGGCGGCGGCGGCGCGGCCGCGGCUACCUCCGCCUGCAGCCGUGCCCGGGAGCUGCAGGCGGCCGCUCCCCUCUGCUGGCCGCCGGGAGCGUCAAGAAGCAGCCGCCGCCGCCGCAGCAGCAGAUCGUCGUGCAUCAGCGUGGUGGGGAGAAGGCGGUGCUCAAGUGGGGGCGGUCGCUGGCGCGGCGGAUGAGGCUCCUGCGGCGGCGGGGAUCCGAGCGGCUCCUGGAGGAAUCCCCCGGGGAGGCGACGACGCCCAAGGGGCAGGUGGCGGUGUACGUGGGCGGCGGCGAGCCCGGGGAGUCGAUGAGGUACGUGGUGCCGGUGGUCUACUUCAACCACCCGCUGUUCGGCGAGCUGCUCCGCGAGGCCGAGGAGGAGUUCGGGUUCGCGCACCCGGGCGGCAUCACCAUCCCCUGCGCCGCCGCGCGGUUCGAGCGCGCGGCCGCCGUGGCCGCCGCGGGCGGCGGCGGGAGGAAGGUGCCCACCUGGUGGUAGCACGUGGCCAGGCCGCGGCCGGUGUACAUACAUACACACGUGUCAUGUGUGCUCGAUCGAGUAGGACUCAAACGUGUACGUGUAUUCUUUUUUUUUUUGGUUUUGUUUUUUACUUCUUAUUGUUCCUCCCCUUUCUGUGUGGAUGCGCAUCCAUCUCUGCAUGCGAUGUGAGGAGGCCUAGUUAGAUUUACAGACGGAGGAUGCUACUAAAGUAAUACUAUAAUUCUUUUUGACUCGAUCAA